CAGGGGAGGGACGCCGUUGCCAGCACCAGGCAGGGGAGAAGCAUUUUCGAUCUAAGAUUGCGGGUUGACGGAGAGACACCAUUGCCGAACUGAGUGCGAUAGUCGGGUUGAGCUGACCACAACACCAUCACACCAUUGUAGUCCAUUUACGCUCAACCUGCAUCAUCUAAGAUGGCUGAGAAGAAUGUAGACAUUGACGAUCAUGCUUCUUGGCCUGAGGCUAUUGAAUCACAUUUUAUUAGUCUUCUAUAUGAAGAAGCCAAAAAAGGAUUACAAACAACAACCUUGGACAAAAAGGGAUGGCUGAAAAUAGAAAAUGACAUAUUAAAUUCUUUUGGAAAGAGAUAUAAAAUGCAUCAAUUGAAAUCCAAAUUCAAUCGGUUAAGAAAGGCACAUCGUGAAUUUUCUCAUCUUUUGGAACAAACUGGUAUGGGAUGGGAUCCUCAAACAAGUACUGUUACAGCAAAUGAUGAAGUAUGGGACACUUAUCUAAAGGUAAUAUACUUACAUUAUACUUGUGUUGUUGAUUACUUGAUUAUUCUAAAUUCAUGUUACAUUGUAACGUUAUGUGUUUUUGGAUUUUUGUAGAAAUAUCCAAAUGCAAAAAGAUUUCGAAAAAAAGGAUUGCAACAUUAUGAGAUGCUUGGAGAAAUAUUCAAUAAUACAACAGCCACUGGUGGGAUGAGUUAUGCCUCCACUCAACUUCCGCCUUCUUCAGUUGAAGAACGCCAACAAGAGCGUCAUUUUGUUGGAACUGGAGCACAUGUUGAUGUUGGUUUUGAAUUUGAUGGUGAUAAUUAUGGAGAGGAGGAAGAAGUUACUGGUGUACGUCGUCGAGCUACUUCUGCUCCACCAGAUGCACCAAAACCAAAAGAGAAAAAGAACAAAGGGGCCAAUCCAUCCAUCGACCAUGUGAUGGAAGAACUUGCAAAAAGUAUUUCUGCUAAGACUGAGGCAUCACUAGUACGGAGUGAGACUAUGCGUAAGUAUUAUGAAUCGAGGGAAAGGAGAAUUAGCGAGGAAACCAGCAAUGUCACUAACUCUUACAAUGUGGAAGAUUGUCAAAACAUUCUAGAUGGUAUUCCAAAUCUGGAUAACAAAAUAUACCUCAAAGCGUUGCAAGAGUUUGUAGCAACCCCAGAAUGGCGUGGAAUAUUCAUGAGAAUGAAUGAGGAGCGUCGUCGUGCUUAUCUUGAUUCAUUGAUGGGGUGAUUUAAUAUUGUUUAUUAAUUAUGAGUUUGUCUGUCAUGAACUACUAAACCAUGAAGUUUACAUUUUCUUAAAUAAUGUGUAAUGAACUUAACUUGGUAUUUAUUAUCAUGAUUGAACUAUCUUA